AUGGCAGGGCAUCUAGUGAAGGCGACAGAAGCAGCACCAGCAGUGCAAGAUGCUCUGCAGGUGCUCCGAGCACACAGCCUGUACCCCGAGUUCAACCCGUGGCGGCGCCUGUGUGCAGAAUUCGGAUCCUUGUGCGCCACACCGCUGCCCCCUGGCCGGUCGCCAUGCCUUCCCACUGUCCUCUCUGACACUUCCAGCAGCUCGAGAGAUGCAUCGGGCAGUACAAACACAUCUGGCACCCUGCGGCGACAGCUAUUCGGCUGCGAUAGAACGCUGACAAAGGACAGCAAAGAGACGCCCGGGAAACUGCAGUCUCCAAAAUGCGGUGGCAGUGGGCACAGGAAUGGCAUUGUGUCGGGCAGAGGCAGUGACACACAGCAGUCUUCUGGCGCUCAUGAUACUCCAGGCUACUGCUCGAUCCAGCCGAGCCCCAAACGUCAUAAGCGACGGCCAUUCCAGCCCACAACAUCCCGUCAGCCCGGCCAACAUCCUCUUUCUAAUCCCAGCUUCGGGCCAAAAGCAGGCCCUAAUUCUGGGCAUGCUUCUAGCCUUCACUCCGUCCCAAAAUUUGGACGUAAUUCUGCCCCUGGUUCUGGUAUUGUUUUUGGUCCCAGUUUUGGCUCCGGUCCCAUUUUCAGCCCCAGUGCAGAGGCCAUUCCCAGCCCCGGGCCUGUGCCCAAAUUUGGUCCCGACGCCGAGGCUGGGGGGGUGCAUGACGACAGCCACCACGAGAGGAUCCUGGGCCAGAUGGCGGAGGCCAACGACAGGAGUCGUGUGAUGUUCCUGGGCACAGGGUGCGCCAUGCCGUCGCCCUACCGCGCGGGCACAGGCAUCCUGCUGCAGUCCGCUCAGGACGCCUUCAUGAUGAUCGACGUGGGAGAGAACACCCUUGGGCAGAUCGUUCGGAUGUUUGGGCGGGAGGGGGCGCUUCAAGUGGUGCGUCGUCUGCAAUGUGUGUGGGUGUCUCACCACCACGGGGACCAUUCUUUAGGCCUCCCGGGGCUGCUGGCUGCACGCGACCCCUCUGACCCGCCCGUCCUAGUGGUGGGCCCGGACGUCAUAGGCAGGUGGCUCUGCAGAGUCAGGCGCUGGAUAAAGCUAAGGUACAGUUUCGUGUACCACAGAGAUUUCAGCACCAGCCCGCUGGCGUUGGCCUCUCGUAUGAAGUUGGGCUUUUUGAGUUGGGAGUCCUUCCCGGUGGUGCACUGCUUCGAUGCGUGGGGUCUCUCCAUGCGGCACACUGCUGGGUGGAAGUUGGUGUUCACAGGGGACACGAGGGUGUGCCAGAGCGUGCUGAAGGCAGCCGAAGGCGCCACGCUGCUCAUCCACGAGGCAUCGUUUGGCCCCCAGAGCGAGGCCGCAGCGGCCAUGGCGGGCCACUCCACCUGGGACCAGGCGCUAACAUGCUCCCAACGGGCGGGGGCCUACAGAACCAUCUUGACGCACUUCAGCAGCAGGUACCGGCGGUACCCUGAGGAAGCGGGGCGCUGCCCAGACCUUGGAGACAGGGCAGCGAUCGCGUUUGAUGGCAUGCAGGUCCCCCUCGUCGCAUUGCGCUACCUGCCAGCGUUCAACAACGCGGUCAGGCAAGCGAUGGUUGUUCGCGAUGGCUACCAUUACGAGCAGCACAGCCGCAGGCGCCGCUCUCGAUUCUAG